GGAAUAUGUGGUAAUCAGAGUAGCAGCCCAGUUUAAAAAGAAGCAGGGCCGGUCGUGUUAACCCCUCCCGGCCUGAAUAGCUUCGAGACUCACUUUACCUAAACUCCUCCGAUUCAGACUCCCUGAAGGGUAUGGCGGCGGCGAAUUUUGAUCUCACAGGGCGGAUAGCUCCCCAGCUCGACCGCCACCUGGUAUUCCCCCUGCUGGAGUUCCUGCAACAGCAGCAGUUCUACCCGGAUGAGGAUAUUCUCAAGACGAAGAUCGAGCUUCUCAAGGACACCAACAUGGUCGAUUAUGCUAUGGACAUUCACAAGUCCCUCUACCACACCGAAGAUGUCCCUCAAGAAAUGGUGGACAGAAGGGUUGAGGUUGUUGCAAGGUUGAAGGCACUAGAGGAGGGUGCAGCCCCACUGAUUGAGUUUUUGCAGAAUCCAAGUGCAGUUCAAGAGUUGAGAGCUGACAAGCACUACAAUCUUCAAUUACUUAAUGAUCGAUACCAGAUUGGUUCGGAGCAAAUAGAGGCAUUAUAUCAAUAUGCCAAAUUUCAGUUUGAGUGUGGUAAUUAUUCGGGUGCUGCUGAUUAUCUGUAUCAAUACCAAGCUCUCUGCACUAACAGUGACAGAAUGUUGAGUGCUUUGUGGGGGAAACUAGCUGCUGAGAUAUUAAUGCAGAACUGGGAUAUUGCUCUAGAGGAACUGAAUCGCUUGAAGGAAAUUAUUGACUCAAAGAGUUUCUCAGUGCCCUUGCAUCAAGUUCAAAGCAGAAUUUGGUUAAUGCAUUGGAGCCUGUUCAUCUUCUUCAACCAUGAGAAUGGAAGGUCCCUGAUCAUUGACCUGUUUAAUCAAGACAAGUACUUGAAUGCCAUCCAAACAAACGCUCCUCAUCUUUUGCGUUAUUUGGCUACUGCUUUCAUUGUCAACAAAAGAAGAAGACCACAGUUUAAAGAUUUUAUAAAGGUUAUUCAGCCAGACCAGUACUCUCAUGUGGACCCCAUCACCGAGUUUCUAGCCUGUGUUUAUGUCAACUAUGACUUCGAUGCAGCACAGCAAAAGAUGAAAGAGUGUGAAGAGGUAAUUGUGAAUGACCCAUUCCUGGGAAAACGAGUGGAAGAGGGGAAUUAUUCAACAGUGCCAUUGAGAGAUGAAUUCCUUGAGAAUGCUCGCCUUUUUAUCUUUGAAACUUACUGUCGCAUUCAUCGACGCAUCGAUAUGGGGGUUCUUGCUGAGAAACUGAAUUUGAAUUAUGAGGAUGCUGAGCGAUGGAUCUUGAGUCUUAUCAGAACUUCUAAGCUUGAUGCCAAGAUUGAUUCCAAGACGGGAGCUGUAUUAAUGGAACCCACACAACCCAAUGUGUAUGAGCAGCUGAUUGAUCAUACCAAAGCUCUCUCUGGGCGGACUUACAAAUUGGUCAGUCAGCUUCUGGAACAUGCCCAGACACAGGCGCAGGCUGCUCGAUAGUUUUAGUGCGGAAUCUGAAGAAUUGUUGUUUGGCAAGGAGUUUCUUGUUUUGGUCAAGUUGCUGAUUUUAAUGUUUAGUUAUUGCUGAUUUUUUUGGAACUUCUAUAUAAUACUGUACUAUUUUUGGAGUAUUGGAAUUGUGAAUCAGUGUCUGGAAUUCAAAAUCUUGAGAUGUUAAUGAUUUUAUGGGUACUUUCGUGUAUGACUAUUUAUGGAGUGUUA